GGGGUCGGUGUCGGGAUGUGGCGCGUCUGUGCGCGACGGGCUCAACGUGCGGCCCCCGGGGCCGGGCUCGGGGCCCGGUGGACGGCCCUGCGGGAGGGCCCGGGAGCUGCCGGCGGGAGUCGGCGGUCCGGCCGCGCUCCGGCUCGCUGCUGCAGCAGCGCGACCACGGGGUAUGGCGGGGUCCGGUCGCUGUGCGGCUGGAGCCCCGGCUCGGGCGCCGCUCCACGGAGCCGCUUUCUGCGGCAGCUUUUGGGAUCGUCCAGCCGCCGCUGGUACAGUCUCCCGCCUCAUCAGAAGGUUCCAUUGCCUUCUCUUUCCCCUACAAUGCAGGCAGGCACUAUAGCCCGAUGGGAAAAAAAAGAAGGGGAAAAGAUCAAUGAGGGUGAUCUAAUUGCAGAAGUUGAAACUGAUAAAGCCACUGUUGGAUUUGAGAGCUUAGAGGAGUGCUAUAUGGCAAAGAUACUUGUUGCAGAAGGUACCAGGGAUGUUCCAGUUGGAGCCAUUAUCUGCAUCACAGUUGGAAAGCCUGAGGAUAUUGAUGCCUUUAAAAAUUACACACUGGAUGCCUCAGCAGCACCUCCCCAACAAGCAGCCCCAGUACCAAGUCCAGCUGCUGCUGCACCACCUACACCUUCUGCUCAGGCUCCUGGCAGCUCGUAUCCCACUCACAUGCAGGUGCUUCUUCCUGCCCUCUCUCCCACAAUGACCAUGGGCACAGUUCAGAGAUGGGAAAAAAAAGUGGGUGAGAAGCUAAGUGAAGGAGAUUUACUGGCAGAGAUAGAGACUGACAAGGCCACUAUAGGAUUUGAAGUACAGGAAGAAGGUUAUCUGGCAAAAAUCCUGAUCCCUGAAGGCACAAGAGACGUCCCUCUAGGAACCCCUCUUUGUAUUAUUGUCGAAAAAGAGGCAGAUAUAGCAGCAUUUGCAGACUAUAGGCCAACUGGAGUAACUGACUUAAAACCACAAGCACCACCACCUACCCCUCCCCCGGUAGCCACUGUUCCUCCAACUCCCCAGCCUUUAGCUCCUACACCAUCAGCCACUCCUGCACCAGCAGCUCUUGCUGGACCAAAAGGGAGGGUAUUUGUCAGCCCUCUUGCAAAGAAGUUGGCAGCAGAGAAAGGAAUUGACCUUACACAAGUUAAAGGGACGGGACCAGAUGGCAGAAUCAUCAAGAAGGAUAUUGAUUCUUUUGUGCCUGCAAAAGCUGCUGCAGUCCCAGCAGCUGCUGUGCCUUCCCCAAGUCCAGGAGCGGCACCAGUUCCUACAGGAGUCUUCACCGACAUCCCAAUAAGCAACAUUCGUCGAGUUAUUGCACAGAGGUUAAUGCAAUCAAAGCAAACUAUACCCCAUUAUUACCUUUCUGUUGAUGUAAAUAUGGGAGAAGUAUUGUUGGUACGGAAAGAACUUAAUAAGAUGUUACAAGGGAAAAGCAAAAUUUCUGUCAAUGAUUUCAUCAUAAAAGCUUCAGCUUUGGCAUGUUUAAAAGUUCCUGAAGCAAAUUCUUCUUGGAUGGACACAGUUAUAAGACAAAAUCAUGUGGUUGAUGUCAGUGUUGCCGUAAGUACUCCUGCAGGACUCAUCACUCCUAUUGUGUUUAACGCACACAUAAAAGGACUGGAAACCAUUGCUAAUGAUGUUGUUUCUUUAGCAACCAGAGCAAGAGAGGGUAAACUACAGCCACAUGAGUUCCAGGGUGGCACAUUUACAAUCUCCAACCUAGGAAUGUUUGGAAUUAAGAAUUUCUCUGCCAUUAUUAACCCACCCCAGGCAUGUAUUUUGGCAGUUGGUGCUUCUGAGGAUAAGCUGAUUCCAGCAGAUAAUGAAAGAGGAUUUGAUGUGGCUAGCAUGAUGUCUGUUACGCUCAGCUGUGAUCAUCGAGUUGUGGAUGGAGCAGUUGGAGCCCAGUGGCUAGCUGAAUUCAGAAAGUACCUUGAAAAACCUAUAACCAUGUUAUUAUAAUUAACCCAAGAACUUCUACACUCUAUCUGGUCAUAUUGCUUCAUUCUUAAUCAAGAUAUUUAUAUGGUAUUAAACAAGUGGUUCUUUUAAAGUUUAA